GCAUCACCGUUUAGACUUACAGGUGCCUAAUGCAAGGUGCCUUUUAACUUACUCCUUUAAUUUUUAGAAAGAUCCAGUAGUAGUAAGUGCAGAAAAUAGGGCACUUGGUCUAGAAAAACAUGGCUAUGAAAGCGGCAGGACCUAGGCUGGAAGUCGCAAGCGAUGAUAUCCUUCCGCGAGCUCCAAGAAUGGAGUCCUGGUCCUUUUAGGCUGGCUGUCAAGGGGGUGGGGUGUAGGGCGGAAGUCAUGGCGCAGGGCCGAAGUUUAGCUGAUGAAGGGCGGAAGUAGAGUCCUCAAGUCUGCGAUCAUGGCUCAAGAAGAGGAAGAUGUUAGAGAUUACAAUUUGACGGAGGAACAGAAAGCGAUCAAGGACAAGUAUCCUCCAGUCAAUCGGAAGUAUGAAUAUUUGGAUCAUACGGCUGACGUCCAGUUACAUGCAUGGGGGGAUACCCUGGAGGAAGCCUUUGAGCAGUGUGCCAUGGCCAUGUUUGGUUACAUGACAGACACUGGCACCGUGGAACCCCUCCAAACGGUAGAAGUAGAAACCCAAGGAGACGACUUGCAGUCUCUGCUGUUUCACUUUUUGGACGAGUGGCUUUACAAGUUCAGUGCUGACGAGUACUUCAUACCGCGGGAAGUGAAAGUCCUUAAUAUUGAUCAAAAAAAUUUCAAGCUACGAUCAAUUGGGUGGGGAGAAGAAUUUUCAUUGUCCAAGCACCCUCAGGGAACAGAGGUGAAAGCAAUCACAUACUCAGCAAUGCAGGUCUAUAAUGAAGAGAAGCCAGAGGUUUUUGUGAUCAUCGACAUUUAAGGCACCAGAAAAAGAAAAACUCUUAUGAAGAACUGAUUUGUUUUCUUCCUUCUGAGAAGAUGCAAUGAUUAAUUUUCUAUGGUGUCUUUGCUAAAUGGAAACACAGAACUGAGAAUUUAAAGUGUGACUUUCAGAAGUUGAAAACCAGUGUGUGGCCUUGCUUUGUGAUAAUGAGUUCUUCGAUUUCUGAGGAA